CUCAGUGGUGGGCAACGUGCGCGCGUCGCUCUGGCGCGUGCACUGUACGGUGAGCACUUGCUGUACAUUCUCGACGACCCAUUGGCCGCAUUAGAUGGUCCUGUGGCUAUGACCAUUGUGAAACGCAUAUUACUAGGCUCACUCAGGGAUAAGGCAGUACUGUUUAUAACCCACAACACCGGUUACUUCAAGGGUGUCAGCGACAGCGCCCCUGUGACAACUGAGCAGCGACUACCACCGCAGAGGGCAACCGCAGCACAAGUGCACAGUCAUAGUCAGUCAUCGCCUGAGCCGAUAGGCUAUAGUGCCACACGUGGUACAACUCCAGGUGACUCUGGGGCUGUCCCAGACAGUAAAAAUUGGGCCUUGCCACCCAAUGGAGGUAGCUCUGGGGCUGUCCAAGAUAGUAACGAUCGGACCAUGCCGCCCAAUACGGCAUCGGACAACGUUAGCCGUAUUCCGGAGAGUGAGCAGGCAGCAAUCACCCCACUCCCCUGUCAUAAGGAAACUCCCACGACAGUCCCCAACCAAAACGUUAACGGUAUUCCGGUGGAGACGAGCGCCGAGAGCCCUUCACUAACCCACAGCAAACACUCGCAGCCAGUGGGUAGCUGCAGGGUGGCGGGAGAGGCGUUUACGCGGCAAUUGGCGUACUACGCAAUGGAGGACGGGCGUUUGACCAUGCAGCAGCGUGGCGAGAGUGUAUUGGUAAGCGAUGCGUGUGCGGCUGAUAGUGGGCAGGUCCGUACAGCUGAUGAUUCGCGUGGUGUUGAACCGACAGAUAUCACAGGACCGAACAUGCCCUGUCCUGAAGUGUCGGGUAACAGGACUGCAGGGGAUGUCCUGGACAGUCCGGGUAGUGAUGCAGAGGAGGAGGCCCUCGAAGAGUGUGAGAGCGGCGUAGUGCACCGCUCAGUGUACCGCAUGUACGCUGUGGAGAUGGGGCUGUGGCUGGCCCUGGCAGUGUUUGUGAGCAUGACUGGUAUGUAG